GCUUGAUCAAAAUGUGAUGAAAUUAAUAAUGUCAAGUUAAUUAUUGUUAUUGCAAUUGUUAACCAACUAGCAUCAGUCUAGCAUUAAGUGUGCUCCAGUCUCUCAAGGGUUUGACUGUAGCUAGAGGUUUGACAGGAAGCGCGUCUCAGUUGUCUCUCGACUCGUCACAUCAAUGCUGCUUUCAUUCUCCCACUGUGGGGCAAGAUGGGAGCUGUGAACAAGGAUCACUGGUACAUCGUGGUACUCCUACUUCUUCCCAUUGUUAAAGUGCAAUCGCAGAAGGAGCCGGUGGUCACCGUGGCUCUGGAGGAGGGCAUGGUGCUGGAUUGUGUGUGCCCGUGGAACGGCAGCUUCAGUAUGGUCUCCUGGACCAAAGGCCAGGACAAGCGUCCCAUCGCAGUGUUCCAUCCAGACUUUGGCGUGUCCUACGCGAACCAGUACGAGGACAGACUGGAGUUUCUGAGGAGGAGUCCUCUGGACGGGAGCAUCACCCUGCGUAACGUCACACACCAGGACCUGGGCCAGUACCACUGCUCUGUGCAGACCUUCCCACAGGGGCCCUGGAGCCAGAGCAUCCAGGUGGAGGACCUGGAUGAACCUCCAGCAGAGGAUGAAGAUGAUGUUGCGGGUUUAGAGUACCCCUCCCCUGAGCCGCUGGAGCCCGGUCUGGAGGUUUGGGCAGAGCUGAAUGAAAACCUGACCUUGAGCUGCACAGGGCUGCCUAAUGUGACAGUGCAUCAGGUCAUCAUGGAGAAGAGGAUAGGGGUCGGGCCCUGGGACAUCAUUGGCGUGUGUAAGCUUUUGGACGGGGGUCUUCUGACGGAGGACUACAGCGAGCGGGGCAGUAUCAUCUGCGCUCACACUCUGGACAUCAGCCUGCACCUGCUCUAUGUUCAGAAGGAAGACAGUGGUUUGUACCGCUGCACCUUCCACACAGAUACAGGGACCCACAUUACCAACUUGACCCUGUCUGUGUCUGAGCCAGGUGGCAUCAGUCUAUCCAUGUACAUGUUCUAUAUCUACUGUGGUGUUGGGGCUGCUGGUCUGCUACUCCUAAUAACCAUCAUUAUAGUUGUUGUCAGACACAGGAGCAAAAAUAAACGAAUAGAGUAUAGAGUGAAAAAACGAUAUCGGGCACACAGACAGCCAAAUAUCUAUGAGAACGUCUCUGUGUGUCCCAGAGGAGCAAAGAGGCCUAUGCGUAUGAUGAAGUAUCCAGUGUACACCAACCUGCCGUAUGUCCCAAACCACAGGUGUCGUACCUGUAACAGCUCACAGCAGCAGUAUGUGUUUGUUUAGCGGUCUCUUUGUACAAAUGUAAAUAUAUAUUUAAACAUGCUGCUUUAAGAUCUCAGUUAGUAUUUCAGUUUGUUCUUUACAAUGCAUCAUCAAAUUAAAAGAAAAUGCUCCUUAAAAUGUUCAAUUCAAAAUGAAGAUCAUAUAUUUUAGGACUAGGACUGAUACAAGAAUUUUUACUGACUUGAGCCUCACUAGAUUAUUCAUAAUCUCCACAAAAGUUAAAGGUGCAGUACGUAACUUUUCUAUUAGAGAGCACAGCAACUGUUUGUCUCCAUGGAGAUGUUAUUACAUUGCUUGGAAUAAUUUAUAUUUAUUAUAUAUACGUUUAUAUCUCCAUGCAGACAAGCAGGUGGUACUUCCAAGCCUUGUUGCAGGUCAAAUCUAUCUAUCUAUCUAAGAGGCCAUCCCACUAUUAGUAGGAAUGCAAGUUUUUCAAAGUAUUUUUUAUACAGUUAAAGUACCUGUAAUGUAAUAAAUGAAUUUAAUGCCAUAGUGUGAGAAUUCCAGGCAAAGCUAUAACAUCUCCAUGGUGACAAGCAGGUCUUGGCUCCUCCAUAAGAAAUUUCAUAGUGCACCUUUAAUUAAAGAAUAAUGAAAUUCAGUGUAUGUAAAUAUAUGUAUUUCACAAUUUGAACUGAAGCACUAUGUUGUUUCCCUGAUAUCUGAAUUUGUUGUGCAUUCAUGUAAAUUAGCCAUUUUAACAUUUAAAGAAACCUAUUGUCUGGGUCCAGGCCGGCUCCUUUUAAUUACACUAUGCACUUCAUAAUAACUGUUGAGGAAAUAAUCGUUUUUGUAUCACAACAACGUUUGACAGUUACCAGUGGGCUUCACAAAAUCCUGUAUAAUCACUCUUUUCACUUCCCUAACCCUCUGGUAGACAUACAGGACAAAAGAUGGUGUAAUUGCGCUCUUUCCUUUUACUCCUGUCCCUCCUGGUUUCCUAUUCAAAGCACCACAAUGGCUGUCUAAUCAUCCAACGGAAACAAAAUAGCAGCACUGUACAGAACCGCAUUUCCCAGAAGGCUCUCUGUCUAGGAUGGCUGCAUUCCACUUAUUAUGAAAGCUACACUCUUAAUUAGCCAUUCCUGUGCUUUGUUUACCCAAACCUUUUUUAAUAGUUUUAUUUUUAUUUAUACAGUUUUCUUUCUUAUGCUGGUAUGUAAAUUACACUAUGCAUGUUUGUAGAGAUGGAGAGAAUGGCAGAGGAAGUGACCACAUAAACAUGGACUGAAAUGCGCAUUAUUAUGAGACAAUGUUUGCAACUUUAUGUGACGGGAAGCAAUGGCAGUAUAUGAUGAAGUGCAAAUAAAAGGUGUUAAACCCA